CUCACGCACACUCGGCUUCCGCUUUCUGUUUAUUUCCGUUACGUUUAAUAUACAGUGUAAACAAUCUCUCCUCUGAAAAUAAUUAUUUAUGUAUGAAAUCGUUUUGUGUUAGGCUACUCUCACGCCAAGAAACAUGUCAUCGAAGCAAGAAUCUCUCUUCUCAUUGGAACUAUUGAUCGAUUUCGUUCACUUUGACGGAUCACGUGUCAAUGUUUUGGAUCCUGCGGUGGCUGUUCGCUUCUUAGAUUUCCCAACACUGCUGAUAUACCAAUCAAAACAAGAGCAUCUUCCAUCUAAAUCAGGACAUUUGGAUAUGUGCCUAUCACCUGAAGCUACAUCUCAACCAGACGAUAGAGAACAUCUCAAGUAUUCCUUCCAUAAAGGCAAAUCGUGUCUUUUUAAAAUCAGUUUGCACUCUUUAGACGCUCAUCUCACGAACACUCCUCUCUACACAAUGGUGUUGGAUGUAAAAGAUGAGAUUCCCAGACUUAUAGGAAGCUCGUUGAUAUCCCUGGCCAAAGUGAUGGAGAAAAUCAAACUGGAUGUUGAAAAACACGGUAUUGGCCACCCAUCCGCUUAUGGAGAGAGAUUGACCACACCGAUAUGCAAUCUAAUGGGCAAAAGCAUUGGUGUUAUCUCUCUGGCGUAUAAGAUUGUAAGUCUAGGAGCUCAUUUGAUUCCUCACAUCCCAGAAAACAGAGUCUAUGUAGUCGGAGGGGCCCUUGGAAAAGGAGAAAAACACUUAAAAGACAAUGGAAACGAAGAGAUGCCACCCAAAGUAUCUGAGAAGCAUCCUGGGAGUGUGCUUUUACAACACGUGAACCUUAACGGACAGUCUAGCGAUAUAAUGAUCUCCGAAGAAAAGCAACCAGGGGUUCCAGCUUUUACUCAGACUGAACCGGCACAACAGAGGGUCUCGUGGUCUGAAGAUGCACAGGAAUACACCACAUUCUGCCCUCCACCUCUGUUUUACUCCUCCAGCAUGAAGAACCAACCACGGAGGAAAAGCUUCACAGGGUUAUUUGAAGCAAUGGAGAGCCUUGAUAUAGAGGAUCCAGAAGAUGGAAAUAAUGAAGUCGAAUCAUCUGAUAUGUGUGAUUUUUCUGAGAUGAUGGCUGUAAAGGCAGAUGGAUCGAGCAAGUUAACCUCAACUCCGAAGUCAAAGCUGCAUAAAGAGACGGACUCAGCUUCAUUUGGGGAUGUUAUCAGACAGUUACCCCUGCUGAACGCUUUACUAGUUGAACUCUCACAGCUGAACGUCCAGACGGCACAGCAACAGCAGGCUUUAUCAGUUCAUCCUAACCUUGCGUGGCUGUACACAUCAGCACAGGAACCAUCAGGAGCUGCGAAUCAGACAACAAACCCUAAACAGAGACUUGAUCAAUGCAAGGUGAAAGCAGUAAAGAGAAGCAAAGAAAAAGUGCAACCUAAGAAGACGCUUAAAUACGGCUUGACAAACACUUUUCGUCUCCGACUCAAACUGGUCAAACGAGGUACCAAAAUGCACGAAUGCAUCGAAUACCAGGAUGCAAAACAGAACCAGCCAUCAUCAUCCUCUGACCAUAAACGUGUUCCUAAGACAGCUAGAAGAGGUGUUUGUUCGGAUGAAACUGUGAAAACAUUAAUAAGCAGUUUUGAUAUGCACCCGACGCCAACUGAAACUCCAGUAAAAUCACAGACAAGAUCAAGUAUCAGAAAACACAUCACAAAUGCACCAAAUGAGGAGCGUCAUGAGAAAGACAAAAAAGUUAAUAUCCCAAGUCAGGAUUCAGAGCGCAUUGACCAGCAUUCAGCUUCAUCUAUUCAAGGUUCAAACUUUAGCUUCCAGAGAGGAGAUAGCAGAGCAAAGACGAGCUUGAGUAAUGGCUCCUACGGACAAGAAGAGUAUCAGGAUGACUUCACGAGCCUAAACACAACUGAGGGAUACUCACCCAGUCCAGAACCAAGCAGACGUACAAGACACAGCGGUUCGAGCUCUUCAAGCGCCUCUCAUCCAAACAAAGGUCUGCCUGUUCCUGCCAAAGCGGAGAACUCUCCCCAACGUGCUCUCAAAAGCACACACAUCAUCCGACCGCGUCUUCAGACCUCCGCUCUGAGUCUGUCUUCAGAUGAGGAUGAGUCCAGACGUCACAGGCCUGGAUCGCAGAGCAGUGGACAGAAGACUCCAUCUGUGCGCAGGACAUUUGGAAAAUCGGAGAGCUUUGACAGUGACACUGGUGAUAAUGGCAUGACAUUUAGCCGGGUGUCAGAGGACUCAGAUUCAGCUGCUAAUAACUCGGUGCUAAAAUCCACUUCAUCUUCAGAGAGUGAUGAGGAACGGGAUGAACUGGGCUCUCUAGGACUGGACAAGAAAUACCGUCACAUUUCCCAACUGGUGAUCAACAAACUACCAGGCUACACGCUGUGAUUAGACCAUGUGUUAAUCUAAUAGUGCAAAUGAGUUAACGCCAGAAACUAGUGAACAUCUGAUUUAUUAGUCGAUAUGAAUAACAUGUUUUUUUGAGUGUGUGUGGUCAUUCUGUUUGAACAAAUGCAGCUUUUGAUAUGUAUUUAAGAAAUGGUAUUGUUGGUUCAUAUUUCAUAAUUUGUGAAACGGCAAAUAAACAAUAAUUUGUCACCGCAAUAAACACACAGUUGUUAGA